CGCUAUCACCGCUCCUCCAACGCCUCGCCUUGCUCAUUCUUGUGGAUUUGGAUGACGGAACACCAUUAUCUUGCCGUCCUCAAGGCAUCCUACGAUUAUGAGCCAGAUGCAGGGGCAGAGGAUGAGAUAGCUAUCAAGGAGAACCAGAUACUACUCCUUGUCGCAAGGGUAGACGCAGACUGGUGGAAGGUUAAGAUUAAGGGUGAGUCGCAGGAGGAGGAGAGCCCGGUCGGGCUCGUUCCCGCCGCAUACGUCGAACCUGCCGAUCACACGUCCACUGUCAAAGCCCUCUAUGACUAUGAAGCCAAUGCUCCCGGAGAACUGACGAUGAAGGAAGACCAAACCUUGCACGUCUUCGACAGGGAAGAGGAAUGGCUCUUAGUCCAGACCGAGGAGGACGGUGGCAAGGCCGGAUUUGUCCCCGCCAAUUAUGUUGAGGAGAGCACUGGGGGGGAGGCACAGCAAGAGGCUGCGGGCUCACAGAUUGUCAUCCCGGACUCGCCUCCCAAGCCGGCAUAUGUGGAUCCGGCAGACCGAGUUGCAUCAAGCAAGAUAACUGCCGAUGACAUCCAGACGUGGGCUGUUACGGAAGUGGAUAAGAAGGGCAAGAAGAAGAAGGGAACGUUGGGAGUCGGGAACGGAGCUGUGUUUUUCGCCAGCGAGUCGGACAAGACUCCCGUGCAAAAAUGGCAAACUGUCCAUGUGGAGAACAUCACCGUCGACAAGGGCAAACACAUUCACAUCGACAUCGGAGGUCCCACUCCCAUCAACCUGCAUUUCAGCAUCAGCUCGAAAGAUCAGGCCGACGCGAUUGUGGCGAAAUUAAACUCGUCCAAGGAACUGUCGUCGGCCGCAGCUGGAGCGUCAUCGUCUUCCUCUGCUGCUGCUGCUGCUACUCCGAAGAAGAACACAGUACAUUUUGCCCCUGAUUCACCCACGGUCAUCCCCGUCUCUGAUGACGAGGAAGCUGAAGAGGAGGAACAAGAGGAAGAGGCAGAGGAAGCUACCCCAGCGGAAGAACACGCCGCCAAUGGAGAUGGGAACCUGGCGACCGCUUUGUACGAUUUUGCUGCCGAUGGCGAGGAUGAAUUAUCAGUGACGGAAGGCGAAGAAUUGACGAUUUUGGAGAGGGAUGGAGAUGAGUGGUGGAAAUGCCGCAACUCCCGUGGUGAGGAAGGGGUUGUACCCGCUUCUUACCUCGAGGCAGGACCGGGUACCGCCGCCGCUGCCGAUGAGGAUGAGCAAGACGAUACUUCUGCCCGUGAAGCUGAAGAACGCGCUGAGAAGGAACGUCGCGACAAAGAACGUCGUGAGAAAGAGCGUCGUGACAGAGAGCGCCGUGAAGCUGAAGAGGCUGAUCGUGCUGAAAAGGCGGUCAAGGACAAGGAGCGAGCUGAGAAGGAACGCAAGAAACAAGAAGCACAGCAAAAGGCCAAAGCUGCUGCCGCUGCUGCUGAGGCUGAGCGAGAGAAGCGCAAAAAGGCUGCUGCCGCUGCUAACGCUCGUGCAGAGGCGGCAUCUCCUGCUCCGACAUCUCCAGAGCCCAAGAAAUCAUCACGUUCGUCGAUGGAUCCAGCUGCGCGACCACCAGCUGAUCGGGUCCGGGAAUGGCGUGACCGGACUGGGCAGUUCCGAGUUGACGCAGCUUUCCUCGGGUUCAACAAUGGCAAGCUUCGCCUACAUAAAACAAACGGAGUGAUUGUCGAAGUUCCUGCCGAGAAGAUGUCGAUCGACGACAUGAAGUACGUUGAGAAAGUGAUGUCCAAGCAGCGACACAAGAGUUCAGCCCCGUCAACGUCCUCUGGGACAUCGCGCAAGGUCUCUGAAGACGAUGUUCCCCUAGCAGAGGCCAAACGACAGUCGAUGCUGUCUGCAAAGCAACCGAAGAAGUCGACGAUCGACUGGUUCGAUUUCUUCUUGAAUGCUGGAUGUGAUCUGGACGAUUGCACUCGCUAUGCCGACUCGUUUGAAAAGGACAAGAUCGACGAAACUCUACUGUUGGAUAUCACUGAUUCUACUAUGCGCUCUCUGGGCCUUCGCGAGGGGGAUAUCAUACGCGUGACAAAAGCAAUCGAGAAACGGCGGCCUGAGAAGAAAACAGAAGACGCCGUGGAUGCUGAUGGCAGUCCACUCAAGAGCCCGCCGAAUCUAUUCACGACGGCUGGCGGUGCUCUGAAGCAGCCCGCCCGCAGGGGACGACCACAGCCGAGCAAGACGCUCCCAGCCUCGGUCGACUUGCAAGCCAUUUCGACUGUCUCCGACCAGAUUCAGAGGACGAGUUCGCCGCAGGCUAUCACUCCUACCGCGGUGCAGCCUCCUCCGCGGACUAGUUCGGCCCCUGCUGUUGCUGCACCCCCCGUUAGUGGAUUCGACGACGAUGCCUGGACCAACCGCCCGAGCUCGGCACAGCCACCUGCCAUAGCGGCAGCGGCUGCAGCUCCGCCUGCGAGAGCACCAUCCGCACCACCAGCCCCGGUUGCACCAACCCCACCCCCUGUUGUGGCUGCCACUGCCCCAACUCCAGCUGCGGCCCCGCCUGUGCAAGCUCGCCCAGUUUGGCCAACACAACCGAAUCGGAUGUGUUUAAUCAGCUCGCUCGGCUCGCUGCGCUCCGGACGCAAACGCCACAGCAAAGCGCGCCGACGCCGCCUCCAGUGAUCAGUAGUCCGCCCCUCGUCACUAAUGUGACCCCGCCGAUCGGAUAUGUUUCUGGCAUGGGCAUGGGAUCUUCCCCUUGUCGAUGGGCCAGCACCUCACGGCCCAGCGCACCGGGAUGGUCCCUUCGCCGUCGCCCCAGCUCGGUCCGCGCGGCCCCUUCGCCCCUGUUCCCAGUAACCAGUCUUUGCUCCAGCCACUCAUUCCGACGCAAACAGGGUUCAACAGCUUCAUCCCUACUCGUGCAAGCACGAAUCCCGUCUCCCAUUCGCCAAUCCGGUGGCUCAGCCGUCGUUCCUGUCUGCACAGCCCACAGGAUUCAUGGGCGCUCAGCAGAUGCAGCCCCAAGCCACCGGUUUCCCGGGUAUGCAGCCUCAGGCGCCUGCGUUCUCGGGUCUGCAGCCUCAAGCUACUGGGUUCCCAGGUCUGCAGCCGCAGCCAACUGGAUUCCCCAUGCAACAGCAACUGCCGCAACCGACCGGCUCUCCGUUCGGUGGGUCCAAUGGAUUCGUUGCCAGCAAUCCAACCGGAUUUGGCAUGGCGCAGAAUGGAAUGCAAAUGAAUGGCAUGCAGAUGAAUGGAUUUGGCAAUGUUCCUCCCGUCCCUCCUCUUCCAGUUUCUGCCAACAGCGGCAAUGCUACCAACGCGGCGAACGUCUUUGCGCAGAUGAAAUCCGGAACGUUUGGAGCGGAAGACAACGCUCCGCAACCAUCAGACAGAUAUGAUGCACUGAGGCCUAACCCGAUGGUCCCGCAGGCCACCGGAUGGGGAUACCAGAAUGGCAAUGGAUUUGGAGGGUACCGCUGAUUUAUAUUCAACUCACUCAUGUACUACGGAUAAUAUCAUCUACUAUACCAACAAUCGUGUCAGGACAUCUCCGAGGUCAUUGUUCGCGCAGGGCUGCUCGGAGAACCAUCUGUGCUGCAGUGCCUCGGCUGCUGACAUUCGUUGCGCCGGAGAAUACACCAAGAACAUGUCCAGCAGAUGCAGCAGUUGGUCAGCAUUCGCAGGUCGAUUUGACAGCAUUGUUUUCAGAUCGACAGCAGGAACGACUUUGAAAUCGACGCUCGAUGAACCCAGGAGUUGGGUGAAUCCCUGGAGUGCAAUGGGAUCAUGAUGAUCAGGGCGAAUGGGUCGAGCUCACAGGCCAUGUCUCAUCCGUCGGAGUUCCCCUCAUUUUGAAGAUACUCCAUAUCAGCGCAAGCUCUCCUCGGUAUCCGUUGAAUAGAGGAUCUCGAGCCCAGGCAGUCUCUGGCUGACCGACUCGAACAGAUCCUGGAACGACGAAGGGCUGAUCGUCCGGCUGGGCGCUGGGCACUGCUUCCCCGUUGUCGUAUGAAUAUGAUUCCGAAUCCAGCCGUAAUGUGGUGAACAUCUCUGCCAGGAUGGUCCCGAAGCUCCAGAGGUCAACACAUGCGGGCUCGUAAGAUCGCACACCGAACAAAAGUUCUGGCGCGCGGUAGGGACUGGACGAUUCACGUCAAUGAACGGGACAGCGAAGCCGUGCUCUACAUACCCAGUACACACCUCGAAAUAAAGGCCAUCGGGUGCUUCUGGCCACAUGUCGUCGGAGCAAUCUCCCACCGCAUCCCGCGCGACGCCAAAGUCAAUCAGCACUACGUGUGCCUCGUGUGUGAGGAGGAUAUUGGCCGGCUUCAGGUCACGGUGCGAGAUCCCGAGAGCGUGCAGAACGAGCAUCUCAGACUCUUGCGCGGGGUUCAAGACUGCGGGAAGUCCAGCGCGAGGG